AUCAGUGUACGCAUUCUUCUGUUUUCACAUUCUGUAAGGCGGCGAGAUUGACACAUGACAGGAGCCCAAUCAUGCUGUUUAGUCCCUUUGAUGCACUCGGUCUAUCGUGGGGAGCGUACGAUUCCAGACAGAUUAAACUGGCGUACAAACGAGCAGCUCUCGUAUGUCAUCCGGACAAACGAAAUCAGAAUGACAUUAGACCACAUCGUUGGCCCCAGAUGUGGCAUUUAGAACAAGCCAGGGACUAUCUCUUACACGCCAGAGCGGAAGCGCUCGAGAAGUUCAAGGGAUUUCCACAAACAUUCUUUUCACACAAAGACGAGCUUCCAUAUUUCCGGGUCCCGCAGCCACUGCCAGAUCACUUGGGACAUUGUGAAAUCUGUGAAGUUGUUGUUCUUUUGAACGAGUUUAACGAGCAUCUGAGAGAACACCAGCAGACGAUCUGUUCGGUAUGCGACAAGAGAGUACCGCUAGAUGAUAUUGGCGACCACGUUACGAGACUUCACGGAUACCGGACAUGCCACCAUUGUGGAACACACAGGGAGCCCUCCGAGCACCAGGAUCACAUUGUGAACUACCACCAAUGCCCACUGUGCGAUGUGGAUGAGCCUUUCAUUAUCGACCAUCUUGUGGAGGCCCACCAACUUUAUAAAUGCGAUGAUUGCGGGGGCAACAAUCCGGUAACUCACCUCAUUACUGUACAUCCCGCAUCGGAGUGCACUGGGUGUGGUCAAAUGAUAUUUGACGAUUCCAUGCUAGAUCACCUGCGGAAAGAUCAUGGGCUGACGCUGUGUCGUACCUGCCACGUUUGGGAGACGGUCACCGAGCUCUGGGGCCAUGUUUUCACUAACCAUGGGCUCGACCGCUGUCUCCUUUGCAUGGCUUCGUUCGUGGAAGGCGGCUUGGACGCUCAUCUGGUUCAAAUCCACGAUAUCCGACCAUGCGUUUCCUGUCCCCCAGGACGAUCUUUUGACAUGGAACACGUCCUCGAUCAACACGGCGCAGAACAAUGUACGGAAUGCAAUACCAGCAUCCAGUCGGACCGUGUUCGGGCGCAUCUCAUCGCUCAGCACAAAUGGCUUCUGUGUGAUGUUUGUGGCCUGACGAGCCCCAACCUACGAGUUCUCGGAGAACACCAAGAACAACACCCAAUCUGCGACAUCUGCAACGAACGGGUCGCUCAGGAAAUAUUCCAGAGACAUCUCAAGGACAGGCACGGACUGAUAUGUUGCCCUCUGUGCGACAAAGCGUUCUCCCCGGCAGGCUUACCUCGGCAUUUUCAAAUGGUUCACAACCAGACAGAAUUGUGCCCAGACUGCCACUUUACAGGGACCAAGGACGACCUCAACCACCAUGUCAUCGAAUCGCACGGGUGGCUUCACUGCCGUUUCUGCGAUGAGAUUUGCCCUGACAUAGAGCUACGGACCAGCCACGAGGAAAAUGUACACGACGUGCACCCUUGCUGGCACUGUGAUCAAGUGAUUUCCGAAGGCCAAAUGCGGUCGCAUCAGAUCGAAGAGCAUGGCUACACGAGUUGCUCUUUCUGUCCGUCAUUGUCGAAGGACAUUUCGUCGCAUAUUCAAAGACAUCAGGAAGAAGCGGCCCCGAUUCACCACCAACUAUCCGUCUUCAACGAUAAGCUUCAGCAACUAGCAGCUCUUGGACCUCGUUCAAAAGUGCAUUUGCAACAGGCUGCAGAGUACAUUCAGAAAGCCCUCCGUGUUGAGAGCCAGGUCACCGCUCUGAACCAUCGAGGAGUUGUUUCCCCGGAGCGUGCACAACCACCCCAGACCCAAGGUGUACCUCUCUCAUCUGUCAGGACAGAACAGCCUUUGUCCUCUGAUGAGCCUGGAGAGGGUUCCCCAUUCCGUACUACCGAGAAAUGUUACUCGAAUAGAGGCGCGGAUGAUGACAAUAGCCUGAGGCGGUCGGGUCGACAACAGAGUGGAUGCAAGAGGACUCCGGCGCAUUCCCUCGGGUCAAGAGUGCCCUACCGCAAAAAGCCUAGGAAUUCCGUUGCCCAAACAAACGGACUGGACGGUUUGCUGAAGGAUGUCACACGCAAGGAAACAGUGAGGGGCUUCGUCGAGGUAGUGACGUCCAGUAAUCAUUCAUUUGACCGGCUGCAACUUCAAGAAAUACGACAUGCGAGCCAGGGUACAUACCGAUCGUUGUCCCUGAUCAGCCGAUAUGUAGAGAAGUGCGAGCGUGGGGUCGGUCUCACAAAAAUGUGCCAGUACUAUGCGCUUAUGCAAAUGGCUCAGCUUCUUGACCGGACCAAGGAGGAGUCAGGUAGGCAAAGAGUAGACUCUGCUGAGCUGGACAAGAUCCUAGAGCACAGAAAACGUGAAAACAACGACUAUAAUCGGAACAAACUUCGCAAUCAAAUCCAGCUUGGCCGCAAGUUGCAAAGAAUCGUCGGGCCUUUUGUAGGGCUGCUCUGCUUUCUAGCUGUCGGUCAAGCUGACCUAGGGAAAUCCCUGUCGUUUACAGAUGGCGAGUUGAAAAGAUUCCAUAGCCAAAUAAGGGGGCAUGGAAAUUUGUGGACCGCUGGGAGUCGAUACUUACGUCUCUUGCACAAUGGGACUACCCAAGGCACUCAAGAGAUCAAGGAGAUCACUGGACUUGUACAUAGCAGUAACUGUUGGUAACUAUACCAGGUAUCCGUAUAUACGGCGAGGUGAAGCAACGAAGACUCGUUAUAUUGGUCUACUUAUGAUAUUGCUUAGUGUGUGUAAUACAAAGGGAGGUUGUUGUCAUGGCCGUUGGAGGCCGAUAUGUAGCCUUCCGGGCACACGAGUCAUCCGGCCGCCGGCCGGACAGCUAAUGUUCCGACACUAUCUCUUCUUGGUUUGUCCAGCGAAUCCUGUGAAGAUUGAGUUCUUGAUGAGACCUCAACCUACUUUGAACCACGGCUCGGGUUGAGCGGUUUGUGUCGAAGACAAAAGUUUCACAGAAACUUGGUACUGUGUAGUGACGUUGUACAGCAUGUACAACCGUGUUGUACGUACGUACGUACAGUGUGAGGGUCACGGCUCUAGAGAACAGGUUCAAAACAAUAGAUGGAUUCUGAUGACCCGUAGGGUCAGGUCUAGAUAC